GUCUUCUUGCCUCUCCAGCGCCCGGGAUAGCCCAGGCCCGGGAGAGAGCAGCGGAGAUUGGAGCCUUGGAGGGUGGUUGCCGGCUUUCGAGCAGGCUUGGAGACUCUGCCUGCGUCCUCCGCUUCGUCCCGGCCCUUGUCCUGUGGCAGGUGCUCCGCUCAAGAUGAAUCUCAACUUCACCUCUCCUCUACACCCGGCGUCUUCUCAGAGGCCCACAUCCUUCUUCAUCGAGGACAUCCUGCUGCACAAGCCCAAGCCGCUGAGAGAGGUGGCCCCAGACCAUUUCGCCAGCUCUCUGGCCUCUCGGGUGCCUCUGCUAGACUAUGGCUACCCCCUCAUGCCCACACCCACCCUCUUGGCUCCUCACGCCCAUCACCCUCUGCAGAAGGGAGACCACCACCAUCCUUAUUUCCUCACCACCUCGGGGAUGCCCGUCCCAGCGCUGUUCCCGCACCCGCAGCACGCGGAGCUGCCGGGGAAGCACUGUCGCCGCCGCAAAGCCCGCACGGUUUUCUCUGACUCGCAGCUCUCAGGCUUGGAGAAGAGGUUCGAGAUCCAGCGCUACCUGUCCACGCCAGAGCGAGUGGAACUGGCCACGGCCCUCAGUCUGUCCGAGACGCAGGUGAAAACGUGGUUCCAGAACCGGCGGAUGAAGCAUAAAAAGCAACUGCGGAAAAGCCAAGACGAACCCAAAGCACCAGACGGGCCAGAAAGCCCCGAGGGCAGUCCCCGCGGUUCAGAGGCCGCCGCCGCCGCCGAGGCUCGGCUGGGCCUGCCCGCCGGUCCCUUCGUGCUGACCGAGCCAGAGGACGAGGUGGACAUUGGAGACGAGGGGGAGCUGGGCUCAGGGCCGCACGUGCUCUGAGCCGCCAGGCUGGGGAGGGUAGUAGGCAGGGGAGGAGACUGCGGGGCCGAGCGCGGUUCCCUCCCGGACCGGAAGACUC